AUGCUCUCCACGACCCUCACCAUCCCAUCUGCUCCCACCCUUGCUCUUGUCCUUGCGAUCGUUCUCCCCGCCUAUGUCACUUUCACUGUCGUCUAUCGCCGCUAUUUCCAUCCACUCGCCAAGAUUCCCGGACCGUUUUUGCCAGCUGUGACAGUGCUGUACCAGACAUUUUACAAUGGGCGAUACUAUCGCAAGAUUGAGGAAAUGCAUCAGCGAUACGGCCCUGUCGUGCGCAUCACGCCCGACGAAAUCCACCUCGCCGACCCAGCGAACUACGACACCAUCUACCACAUCGGCUCGCCUUACAGCAAGCCGCCUAUCUUCUACAACGGCAUCAACGUGCCCUACUCCACCUUUGGCACCCCCAGCAACAGCCUGCACAAGCUCAAGCGCAGCCUCAUCAGCCCGCUCUUUUCGCGGCGACGCGUCCUUGACCUCGAGGCUGUUGUGCAGGACAAAGCAGCACGGCUGGUCUCACGCAUGGAAGCCGGCGUCCGGGACGGCAUACCUGUCGACCUGCAUCAUGCGUUCCGCGCGGUUAGUGUUGAUGUCAUAACUGACUAUGCGUUUGGCGAGUCGUAUCAUUUGCUUGACAAGCCGGACCUGGGCGCGCGCUUCUUCCGCAUGGUUGCAGGCGUCGGCCCGUCACUCUGGAUCUUCCAGGCCGCUCCGGCUUUGCAGCGCCUGGCGCUGAAGAUUCCGCCGUGGCUGGCUCCGUGGUUGAGCGAGCCACUGGGGCAGGUGACGAAGUUGCAGACGAAAUGCGUUGAGCAGGUCAAAGAUGUGCAGGCACGCAUGGCGACCGGAAAGAUGCCCUCCGAGCGCCCGACUGUAUUCUCGGAGCUACUCAACCCUGAAAACAGCGACGUCUUGCCAAUUCCGACGCCUAUGCAACUUAAGGACGAGGCGUACAGCUUCCUUGCGGCGGCGGCGGACACAACGGGCAAUGCCAUGAGUACUGCUACGUACCAUGUGCUUGCAAACAAGGGGAUCCAUUCUCGUCUGCGUGACGAGCUCGUCGACGCGUUCCCGGACCCGGAGGCGCCAUUGGACUUUGUCGCUUUGGAGCGGCUACCAUAUCUCACUGCAGUGAUCAAGGAGGGAUUAAGAUUAUCCUUUGGCGUUCCUGGGCGUUUGCCCAGAGUGACACCGGAAGGCGGUGCAACGUUCAACGGCUACUAUGUUCCCGAGGGCACAAUCGUCGGGAUGAGCUCGUGGCUUAUGCACCGUGACGAGGCGGCAUUCCCCGAGCCGAUGAAGUUCGAGCCCUCGAGAUGGCUCGACCCGGAGGACGCGCGCCGCCUCGACCGCUACAUGAUCCCGUUCGGACGCGGUUCGCGACAAUGCGUCGGCAUGCCACUGGCAUACUGCGAAAUUUAUGUGACGCUUGGGGCCUUCUUCAGGCGUUUUGCCGAUACACAGCUCGAGGUGUACAAGACGACGGCGCGGGACCUCGAAUUUGUCGAUUUUUUCUCGUCGUACUACAUCCCGGGGAGAAACUGGCUUAAGGUGGUGGGGCAACGGCGACAGAUAUAA